AUGAUAAAAUUUUUUCUUAUGGUUAACAAACAAGGUCAGACAAGACUGUCUAGGUACUACGAGCAUGUCGAAAUUAAUAAACGGACAAUGCUGGAAGCUGAAGUUAUCAAAAACUGUCUCUCCCGUUCAAAGGAGCAGUGCUCUUUCAUUGAGUAUAAGGACUUCAAGCUGGUGUACCGGCAGUACGCAGCCCUUUUUGUAGUGGUUGGCAUCGACCAGACAGAGAAUGAGAUGGCAGUAUAUGAACUCAUUCAUAAUUUUGUGGAAGUUUUGGACAAAUACUUCAGCAGAGUGAGUGAAUUAGAUAUCAUGUUCAAUUUGGACAGAGUGCACAUCAUUUUGGAUGAAAUGGUGCUGAAUGGCUGCAUUGUGGAAACUAACCGGAACAGAAUUCUCGCCCCCCUGUUUGUGCUUGACAAAGUAGCAGAAAACUAG